AUGUACAACACCACGGACACUGACGGCGAGAAACCCAGCGCAAUGGGCGUCGAGCACGUCGUCGAGAGUCCCUUGGGCUCCGGCUCAGUCAGUGAAAAACAAUACCACGAUGCAGAACAACCGCCCAAUUUCACGCCCGAGGAGGAGAAACGUGUGCUCCGCAAGAUGGAUCUGCGGCUGAUUCCCAUGCUGUCGGUGCUGUAUCUGCUUGCGUUCUUGGACCGAGGAAAUAUCGGCAACGCCAAGAUUGAGGGGCUGGUUGAUGAUCUUGGACUGACGUCGCAGGAGUAUAGCUGGUGUUUGACCGUGUUCUUCUUCACAUACUGUGCUUUCGAGCUGCCGAGUAACCUGCUGCUGAAGCGGCUGCGGCCUUCAAGAUGGUUGCCACUGCUGAUGCUUGCGUGGGGCAUUGUCAUGACACUGAUGGGUGUUGUGCACAACUACGCCGGCCUUUUGUCGACGCGUAUCUUCCUCGGUGUCGCUGAGGCUGGUUUGUACCCCGGCACUGCCUACUACAUCACCAUGUGGUAUCCCCGCGAGCGGGCCCAGUAUCGCCAGGCUCUCUUUUUCAGCUCCGCCAGUAUUGCGGGCGCCUUCUCUGGUAUUCUGGCCUAUGCGAUCGGCAAAAUGGACGGCGUGGGCGGCUACGCCGGUUGGCGCUGGAUUUUUAUCCUCGAGGGCCUUCUCACUGUUCUCGUUGCCUUUGUCGCCCCCUUCGCUAUCCAUGACUUUCCCGAGACCGCCACCUUCUUGACCGAGGAAGAACGCAGAUGGGUGAUCCACAAGCUGCGCAGUCAGUCUGGACGCGACACCACCGCCGACGGAACGGCCCACGAGGAAAGCCGCUUCCGGAUGCAAUAUGUGAUUGACGCAUUGAAGGAUUGGCAGAUAUACGUGGCCUUGUUCAUGUACUGGGGUAUCACGACCCCCCUCUACGGCAUCUCCUACUUCCUCCCCUCCAUCAUCAAAGAUUUGGGCUAUACCUCGUCGACGGCGCAGUUGCUUACUGUGCCCAUCUACAUCGCGGCUGCAAUUGUCGCUGUUGGUGCGGCCUGGCUGUCUGAUCGCCGCCAGCAGCGGUCUCCAUUCAUCCUCUUCUUCAUGUCACUGAUCGCCAUUGGCUUUAUCAUUGUGCUCGCGUCAACUGGUCGAGGAGUACCCGGAGUUGUUUACUUUGGUGUCUUCAUCGCUGUUGUCGGUAUCUACCCUGCCUUCCCUGGCAACGUCACCUGGCUCAGCGUCAAUCUCGCCGGCGAUUACAAGCGUGCAGCUGGAAUGGCCAUCCACAUUGGUCUGGGCAACAUGGCUGGCGCCAUGGCGUCAAACUUCUAUCGCGCACGAGACGCACCAAAGUAUACUCUGGGCCACUCGCUGGAACUGGGUUUCGCCGUUGUCGGUAUCAUUGCGGUGCUGAUUCUGCGUAUGUCGUAUCAGAAGAUCAACAAAAAGCGCGAGCAGAUGGAUGUUUCGCAAUAUGAUCCCAUUCAGUUGGCGAGGAUGGGUGAUCGGUCUCCGCUGUUCAGGUAUAUGCUCUGA